AUGGCUGGGCUAGGUGUCGGCGUUGGUGGCGGCGGCUACAAGGACGAGGGCGACGAGGGCGACGAGGGCGUACUCCAGGCGGCCGUGGAGGUGUUCGCGAAGCUAAAGGCUCUCAACUGCCCGGUCCUUGAGGGUCUUUAUAUCACAGAACCUAAGACCAUUCAGGAACUGCUGUGUAGUCCCUCGAAGUACCGCUUGGAAAUCCUGGAGUGGAUGUGUGUUCGGGUCUGUCCCUCCUGGCAGGACAAGUUCAGCUCGCUGAAGGGGGCCCCAGUUGAGGUGAAGAUCCAAGCUGAGAUGGUGAAACUAGGCCAUGAGCUGAUGCUGUGUGGGCUGGAUGACCAGGAGCUCCUGAAGGGCCGGGCCUGCGCCCAGAAGCAGUUGCACCUAAUGGACCAGCUGCUGGAUGCAGUCCGGAGCCUGACCAUUGGAUGCUGCAGCUGCUCCAGUGUGAAGGAGCACUUCGAGGAUACGAGAGAGAAGAAUGAGGCACUGCUGGGGGAGCUCUUCUCUAGCCCCCACCUGCAGAUGCUCCUGAGCCCAGAGUGUGACCCAUGGCCCGUGGAUACGCAGCCCCUCCUUGACCAGCGGAACGACGACUGGCAGAGGGCCAGCCCUUCUGUGGAGCUGGAGGACGAGAAGGUGAUGGAGCUGGCCAGGAAGCUGCAGGAGAGCACUGCCAAGCUGCAGAUGCUCAGGGUAGAGUGCUUUGCACAGCACAAGCAAGGAGUUGCCGUGAGUGGGGCCGACACCAGCACCCUGGACCAGAAGCUGCGCCUGGUCAUCUCUGACUUCUACCAGCUCGUUGUGGCUUUUCUCCAAGUCUAUGAUGACGAGCUGGGUGAGUGCUGCCAGCGCCCAGGCCCCUACCUCCACCCGAGUGGCCCCAUCAUCCAGGCCGUGUACCAGACUCUGACUUCAUGCAGCCAACUGUUGAAAGCAGUCAUGGAGGUCACUGACACCUCAGCCCAAGCUGUGGAGAUGGCGAAGCAGCAGCAGGGCGAGCAGAUCUGUUGGGGCAGCAACAACUCUGUCAUGAGUCUAGCCACCAAAGUGGAAGAACUAACUCAGAAAUACAAGAUCUUCAGUGACAGUCUGCAGAAAGGCAUGGAGUAG